AUAUGUGCGUGGAGCUGCGGGAGGAUGUUGAGGUCGACUCUCUGGAGAGGACCAAUCGUCUGUUUGGCGGGCUGAUCCGUGACGUCAGGCGGAGGUACCCCCAGUACCUGAGCGAUAUCCGUGACGCCUUCAACGUCCAGUGCUUGGCCGCCAUCAUCUUCAUCUACUUUGCUGCACUGUCUCCGGCCAUCACCUUCGGUGGUCUCCUGGGGGCAAAGACAGAGGGGCUGAUCGGUGUGUCAGAGCUGAUUGUGUCCACCUCAAUCAUGGGCAUCGUCUUCUCGCUGCUGGGGGCGCAGCCCCUGCUCAUCAUCGGCUUCACCGGACCGCUGCUCGUGUUUGAGGAAGCGUUUUACAACUUCAGCAAGGACCAGCACAUUGACUAUCUCACCGGCCGAGUGUGGAUUGGCUUCUGGCUGAUGUUCAUUGUCCUCAUUGCCGUGGCGUUGGAGGGCAGCUUCCUGGUCCGAUACGUCACCCCCUUCACUCAGGAAAUCUUUGCCUUCCUCAUCUCCGCCAUCUUCAUCUACGAGACCUUUAAAAACCUCUUGAUAGUCUUCGCCGCCCACCCCCUGCUCAAGUCCUACCCAGUCUUCCCGGAGCUGGAGGGCAACGUGACGAAGGACUUGGUCGUCAUUAUGCAACCCAACACGGCGCUGUUGUCCCUGGUCCUGAUGGUGGGGACCUUCUUCACUGCCUACUUCCUGAGGAAGUUCAGAAACAGCCGCUUUCCCUCGCAGGAAGUGCGGCGAACUAUCGGUGAUUUUGGGAUUCCGAUUGCCAUCCUGGUGAUGCUGUUGGUGGACAUCUCAGUACCAGACACCUACACGGAGAAGCUGAACGUGCCGCUGCAUUUCUCUGUCACGGCUCCCGAGAAGCGGAGAUGGUUCAUCCACCCCCUGGGCAAGGACAACGGCUUCCCGAUCUGGAUGAUCUUCGGUGCGGCCAUCCCCGCCAUUCUCCUCUUCAUCCUCAUCUUCAUGGAGACCAACAUCACCACACUGAUUGUGAGCAAGAAAGAACGGCAUCUGGUCAAGGGGUCCGGCUUCCACCUCGACCUGCUCCUCAUCGGUGUGGGUGGCGGUUUCUGCGGCAUCUUCGGGCUGCCGUGGCAGGCGGCGGCAACGGUGAGAAGCAUCGCUCACGUCAACGCCCUGACGGUGAUGAGCAACAGCACCGCUCCCGGGGAGAAGUUCCGCAUCCAGGAGGUCAAGGAGCAGAGGGUCACCGGCAUCGUGGUGGCUGUACUCGUGGGCCUCUCCGUGGUCAUGAGCCAGGUGCUGCGGAUGAUCCCGAUGGCGGUGUUAUUUGGGAUCUUCCUCUACAUGGGCGUGACGUCACUGACGGGGAUCCAGAUCUACGAGCGGCUGCUGCUGAUGUUCGUCCCCUCCAAGCUGCACCCCGAUCAUGUCUACGUGACCAAGGUGAGGACGUGGAAGAUGAACAUGUUCACCUGCAUCCAGCUGUUCUGCAUAACUAUUCUCUGGAUCAUCAAGUCCACCAUCAUCUCCCUGGCAUUCCCGUUUUUCCUGAUCCUGACGGUUCCCACGCGGCGCUACCUGCUUCCGAAGAUUUUCCACGAACGGGAGCUGAUGGCGCUCGAUUCAGACGAAAUACAUCCGAACUUCGACGAGGAUGGACAUGAUGAAUACAGUGAGAUGCACAUGCCCAGUGAUGGAGACCAGCGAUGCAGCAGCCCCUGCUCCCU